AUGCCCGUCUCAGAAAAACGUGGAGACGAUUUGUAUAAUCAUGAUAUGUUUGUCCCUUUAACUCUUCCUGAAAAGACUGAUCAACCCACAGUUCGUAAAUAUACUUUAAAAUUAUCCCAAACUCAAUGGACCCCUGAUGGUUAUGGCCGUCCUGUUUACCUUGCCAAUAAUCAAUAUCCUGGGCCUAUCCUUCAAGCUUAUAAGGGUGAUAUCUUCUCUAUAACUGUUGAAAAUAAUCUUCCUGUUGAAACUAGUAUGCAUUGGCAUGGAAUGUUUCAAAGAGGAACUUCUUGGUUCGAUGGUGUACCUGGGGUUUCUCAAUGCACCAUUCCCCCGCAGUCCUCCUUAACUUAUGAAUUCAGUACAGAUGGACAAGUCGGAACUUAUUGGUGGCAUUCGCAUUACAUGGCUCAAUAUAUUGAUGGCUUAUUGGGUACUAUGAUCAUUCAUGAUCCUGAGGAUCCGUACUUGAAGGAUUAUGAUUGUGAUUAUGUUGUUACCUUAACUGAUUGGUAUCAUCAAACAUCUGCUGAAUUGUUUUCCCAGUUUUUGGCUCCAGGUUAUCAAGGAAGAAAUCCUGUACCCGAUUCUGGUCUUAUAAGUGGAAAAGGGCAAUAUGCUAAAAAAGAUUCCGAAUUGGCUGUUUAUAAAGUUCAGAAAGGAAAAAAAUAUAGAUUCAGAAUAAUUAAUACAAGUGCCGAGUCGUUCUACAUUUUCUCGAUCGAUGGCCAUAAAAUGAAAGUGAUUGAAGUUGAAGGCACUUAUGUAAAACCUUUCUAUGUUAAUCGACUUCCCCUUCAUAUAGCUCAACGAUACUCUGUAAUCGUUGAAGCCGAUCAAGAUGCUAAGGACUAUUGGAUACGUGCUACAUUGUCUCCAGAAUGUAUCCCUAAUGAUAAUAUGACUAUUAACCAUGACUCGGCAAUCAAUUAUAAUGUUACUGGCAUUCUUUCUUAUGAAGGUUUCAGUUCUGGUGGUAAAGGACCUGAUUCUGAACCAUUCACCGAUGAUGUUACUCCAUGCAGGAAUCUUGAUUCUAAAUUAAUAAAGCCUCUUAUUGACUGUCCGCCUAAGGAUGCUACUGAAACUGUUUCAUAUACCGUAUCAUUUGGUACUAACGACAUGAAAGUUGUUGAAGCUUUAAUAAACAAUUCAAGUUAUAUUCCAGAUUAUAACAACCCCACAACCUUGAAAAUUAUGGAUGAUGGAGCUGAUGUGAAAGAUUUUCCAAGAUCACAAAAUAUAGGAGAAUUGAAUGAUGACAAGGGUAUUGCUGAAAUCGUCGUGUGGAGAACCGAUUAUGACAAAGGUUCUUUAAAUACUGUUGACCCUCCUAUUCGUGACACUACUGUAGUUCCAGCUUGGGGUUGGUCAGUUAUACGCUUUGUCAUAGAUAACCCUGGUGUUUGGGUUUUCCAUUGUCACAUUGAAUGGCACAUUCAAAUUGGAAUGCUUGCACAAAUUGUCGAACUCCCUCAUAAAUUAAAAACUCAAAAAUUACCUAAUAGUAGUCACUAUUUAUGUA